AUGUCUUCGAAGUUGAGGAUUCUGGUCCCUGUCAAGCGAGUCAUUGACUAUGCUGUCAAGCCCCGCGUAAAAUCAGAUCGAACGGGCGUUCAAACGUCCGGAGUCAAACACUCCCUCAACCCAUUCGACGAGCUCUCAAUAGAAGAAGCAGUCCGACUACGCGAACGCAAGCAACCCGUUGAAGAUAUUCUCACCGUCAGCGCGGGACCUGCAAAAUGCGUCGACACCCUCCGGACGGCCAUGGCGAUGGGGGCAGACCGCUCAAUCCAUGUCGAUGUGCCGGAGGAUAAACCGCUGGAACCCCUGGGCGUGGCGAAGCUGCUCAAAGCCAUCGCGGAGAAGGAACAAAGUAACCUGAUCAUCCUGGGCAAGCAAGCGAUUGACGAUGACAGCGGGCAAACUGGUCAGAUGCUGGCAGGUUUACUGAACUGGCCACAAGCCACACAGGCAAGCAAGGUGGAUAUCUCGGGCAAUGAAAUCACUGUUACCCGCGAGGUGGACGGCGGCGUUGAGACUCUCGUGACCAAACUGCCUAUGAUUAUCACGACGGAUCUGCGUCUCAAUGAACCCCGUUAUGCCAGCCUGCCUAAUAUUAUGAAGGCCAAGAAGAAGAAACUGGACAAGAAGUCCCUCGCCGACUAUGGAGUUGAUGAUAAACCGCGACUCAAGACAAUCAGGGUCGAGGAGCCGCCCGUCAGACAGGGUGGUGGCAAGGUCGAGGAUGUCGAUGGUAUGAUUUCUAAGUUGAAGGAGCUGGGUGCGAUCUAG